UUUUAUAACAAAAUUAUACAAAACAUUAGAAACAUAUGAUAUAUAAAAUUGUGUGAUUAAAAGCGCAGUUUAUUUGAUGAAAAUUAUAUCUAUGAAAAAAAUUGGUAGAAGAUAUACCAUGAAAGAAGGAGGGCGUCGGGACGCCGUGCGUUCGGGACCUGCAUCUCAUUUUUCGUUCCGAAGAGAGAAAAAUAUCGAGAGCGCGGUAGUCGCUAGACCGGGAAUCGAACCCGGGGUCUUUCGUUUGCCGGGCGACUGCUCUAGACCACUGAACUACCUAACGCUCCACGCUCACGACACUCUCCUCUCCGUAGAUAACGUUAAGAGAUACAUAUAACAUGUAACAGUUUUUAGUAAGGGUAAAAUUAAUAAAUACUUUAUUACUUGUAAUUAUCUGUCAUUUUUAAAUCUUUUUAUUAUUUUGUAUAUGUGUAUGAUGCAUUGACACAUUCAGAGAGCAAUAAAAUAUUUUCACAGUAUGAGAAAGGAAGUUCAUGUAUAUAUGAUGUAUAUGGACAUAUAGGCAUACAUAUAUACACUUACGUGUACAAGGUUUGAUCAAAAAGUAACGAGAAUUUUGAAAUUGCACGCGCUGUAUUUUGUCUAUUCAGUUGAUUCCUUUUUUGUGUAUUGGUAGCAUUACCAGUGACAUACGUGUCAAUUUUCAGGCAGCUGCGACGCUUGGUUUGUGUUUGGCGAGCAAAUGAGUAAGACUUCAGUGUGUUUGGCGAUUUUUUGUGUGGCGAAAUGUCGGAUCAGAGAGUUUGUCUGAAAUUUUGUGUUAAAAACGGAAUUAAGUGCAGCGAAGCGUUCAAAAUGUUAAAGAAGGCCUUUGGCGACAAUACUAUGUCACAACCAAGAGUUUAUGAAUGGUACAAACGCUUUCAGGAAGGCCGAGAAGACAUCGAAGAUGACGCGAGGUCUGGGCGUCCUAGCACGUCCACCAGUGAUGAAAACGUGGAAAAAGUUAAAGAGAUUGUGCUUGCUAAUAGAAUCACCAUUAGAGAGGUUGCUGAAGAAAUAGGAAUCUCAUACGGCUCAUGCGAAGCGAUUUUUACUAAUGUUUUGAACAUGAAACGAGUGGCAGCAAAAUUUGUUCCAAAACUGCAGAAUUUGCAACGAAAACAGCAUCGCUAAACAAAUGCUUAUUGACGUCGCUGACGACCCAGACUUGCUCAAACGUGUUAUAACUGGUGACGAAACGUGGGUAUACUAUGGCUACGACGUCGAAACGAAGGCUCAAUCGUCUCAGUGGAAGUUUUCGGAAGAGCCAAGACCGAAAAAAGCACGUCAAGUCCGGUCAAAUGUGAAGGUCCUUCUAACCGUUUUCUUCGACUACAAUGGAAUAGUUCAUCAUGAAUUUUUACCGCCUGGUCGUACAGUCAACAAGGAGUACUACCUAUAAGUUUUGCGCAAUUUGCGUGAGGCAAUCCGGAGAAAACGACCCGAACUUUGGAGAGACAACUCGUGGAUUUUGCACCACGACAACGCACCGCCACGUACCGCAUUGCUUAUCCAACAGUUCUUGGCGAAACACAGCACCGUUGUGAUGCCGCAACCACCUUAUUCUCCAGACAUGGCUCCCUGUGACUUUUUCCUAUUUCCCAAACUCAAAAGGACAUUCAAAGGACAACGUUUUUCAACAAUAGAUGAGAUAAAGGCGAAAUCGCAGAUCCAGCUCAAGACGAUACUUAAAGAGGCGUUCCACCAAUGUUUCUCAAACUGGAAACUACGUUGGCAUAAGUGUAUAAUAUCACAGGGGGACUACUUUGAAGGAGAUGGGAUAAACAUUGAAGAUUAAAUAAAUAUUUUCCGAGAAAAUUAAAAAU